UUGUGACGUCAGAAAAUGUAGCUGUUACCUGUACAAUGAAAAUACCAUCUAUCUGUGGUUGCCAGAUCGUUUUGUAUGCCAAUAAAUAAACAGCUGUGCGAUGGCCGACUUGCCCGAAAAUCUACAAGUUAUUAAAUUGGAACCACCCGGCACACCUGAAAAAGCCAACAUUAAGGAGCGUUUGAACUUGCACGUAAAGCGGCGUUUGCAACAAGAUCUACCCGUAUCUAGUCCAGAAACGCCACCUGGGGAGCCAUCCACAUCUACCAGCAGCAAACGCUGCAAAUCAACAGCAGGGCAGUCAAAGGAAACUCAAAAACAACGCAAACCCUAUCAGAAGCGAGUUGAAAAGGUCAAAACAGAAUCCAGUAAAUGCAAAAAAUCACAAACAGCCAGCCCUGCGGCUGAUUUGGAGACAUACGACGAGCCAGUAGAUCACGAAGCUUCACCAGAAAGAUCAGAUACUAAAAAUAUAAGCCGAGAUCGCUACAAAAAUGCUGAUAUACUUAACAUAGUGUUGAGUACAAAGAAACGAGCUUUAAUGCAGAAUCCUGAAGUGCAAACAUUUUGGUCAAAUAUUAUGUCAGCCCUGAAAAAUUAAAUUUCACCGAUCUGGCAACACGAGUGUUAGUAUUGGCGCACAUUUCCAGCAAGUUUAAAUAUUAAGAAAAAUAGUCCCCGUGAGGUUCAAGUCUAAGAAUUCUUAUUU